AAAUGGGAAGAAUUACGUAAUAGACGGGAGUGUAGUGUAAGAGAUGUGGCAACAGCGCCUCAAACUGUAAUCUUUCGAGUCUAUUUUAUAUUAUGUAUCAAUCAGGCCACUGGCAUUACGGAGAGAUCGCCGAAGCGUGCAGCCGUCUCGGAGCCGAAAUCGUCCUCGAACGGAACUUCCGGCCGACCGUCGCCCGAAGGAGUCAGUGAGAUGCCAGUCCUAACGAGAGUCUGCUCCCCUGCGACCUUGCCGAGGCUCAAGAGAUUCCGAUUUCGACCCAUCGAUGCGCCGACCGCAGGACCGUGCCACGACGUAAGCACCAUUGACGCGAGCUCCAACGACCACCAUCACCACAACCACCACCACCACCACCAGCAUCAUCACCGCGAACACAACCAACACAACCAUCGGCCUCAAGACCGAAUUCCAUCGUCCUCCUCGAUGUCUACCCUGCUAUGCUGCGAGCCAGUAUCGGCUGGCCGGCCUCGGGCCAAUCUGAAGCUCGUGCUGAACCGCAGCCUGAGCGAGCCAGGACCGAGUCCCUGCGCCUUCCCGGCACCGCCGGUCGCCUCGCCGAUCGUCAACACUAACAACAGCAGCAGCAACGGCAAUCCCACCGAACCGCCCUCGAUCGUGAUCAACGAGGAGACGAACGGCGACGACGCGGACGACGACGGCCACCGUCGUGGCUUCCACCAUCUCCACUACCACCAUCACCACCAUCACCACCACUUUCAUCAUCUUCACCAUCAUCAGCAUCUGUCGGUGACGACGAAGCGCUGCAAACUGGAGACUGCCAGCCUGCCUACCAGCCCCUGCGCCGAGAACGGCCUUCAUCGCCAGCUAGUGCUAAGCAAGACCCGCGUCAUCACCGCCGACGACCUCGCCCACCGUCUCGUGCAUCUCGAACGACCCUCCGCCGUACCGCCCCCCGUGAUUCUCGAUUGUCGGCCGUUUAUACUGUACAACGUCAAUCACGUGCGCGGUGCCAUCAACGUCAACUGCUCGGAUCGCUUCAACCGACGCAGACUCCAGCUGGGGAAGGCUACUCUCGCCGAUCUCGCAACCGCACGCGAGAGCAAAGAAUUGCUCAGGAAGAGGCAGUUCAAGGAAGUCAUAGUGUACGACGAUUGCACCGAUGACCUGGAACACUUGCCCGCUCAGCACCCGCUGUUCCUGGUACUUGCUGCACUCGUGGACGACGAUCGGGAGCCGGCUCUGCUAAUCGGCGGACACCGGGAGUUCAGCAAGCGGCACCGAGAGCUAUGCGAGGACACGCUUCUGCCGAACGGCGCCGCCGCCGCCGCCGCCGCCGCGGCCGCCAUUGCCGAUCCGUCGGCGACGACGACGACGGCAACGACGACGACGACGACAGCGACGACGGUGAGCGGCUGCACGAGCCCCGGGCCGGGAUGCCCCGUGCUCAGCAUCUCCGGUCCACCGACCCCGCAGCCGGCCGACAUCGACAACCACCCGGCGUCCCGCGUGCUGCCGUUUCUCUACCUCGGUAACGGCCGGGACGCCGCCGAUCUGCAGCUACUGCGCGCCCUCGGCGCCACCCGGGUGCUGAACGUUACCUCGCAGCUGCCCGGCUACCACGAGGAGCGGGGUAUCACGUACAGGCAGAUACCCGCUUCGGACUCCGGCCAUCAGAACCUCAAGCAGUACUUCGAGGAAGCAUUCGAUUUCAUCGAGGAAGCGCGGAAGGCCGGAAGUAGCGUACUGGUGCACUGUCAGGCUGGUGUGUCGCGCAGCGCAACAAUCGCGAUCGCUUACAUAAUGCGACACAAAGGCCUGUCGAUGGUGGAGGCGUACAAACUGGUGAAGAACGCGCGUCCGAUCAUCAGCCCGAACCUGAACUUCAUGGGUCAGCUGUUGGAGCUCGAGCAGGGCCUGCGGGCGGCCGGUGAUGUCGUCAGUUCCGCGCCGGAGGAGCCCGCGGCGGCGACGGCGACGUCUUCGACGACGACGGCGGCGGCAGCGGCGUCGUCGACCGCGACGUCGGCGACGGGUAGCUGCCAUCAGUGCAGGUGGAGUCAUCAGCCUAAUAGCGAGGAGGUGGUCACCUCCGGCUGCAGCGUCUGAGACCGGCCACCUCUCUCGUACCUCCUUCCUCCGGUCUCUGCCGAGAGCGCCGGAUCGUCAGCGACGGCGUCGGUGCGUCGCGAGGGCGCAAACAUAUCCCGGGAGAUCACCGAGAGAGCGAAGUGCCGGCGGACGUCCUUCCCGCGCCUCCACGCGACGAACCCGGACGACGAAUGAACGCGGGGCUCCGCGGGAUUGGAUCGCCGAUAUUCCCCGUCCGAGGAAAUCGGAUUCAACCGCGCGAGGACGUUCUGCGAACACGAACAAUGACGCCCCCCCCGCGGCAUUCUUUCUCGAAAUCCCGGAACGCGGAUCUGCGGAAUUUUCGGCUUUCCAAAUCUUCGCGUUGCACGACACUUGGGUUGUCGCGUUUUUCACCACGGGCUCUUCAGUCUAGAAACUAUUGGCUCUUGAGUUUUAUUUUACUUCUUUUUUUUUAAGAAUUAGUACGUUUUUUCCUCCCGGAUUCUGUGCCUUCGGGACGACCAUUCGAUUGAAAAUGGUGAAGUCAAACUGCCCAACUGACAAAUCGCGACUUAUUAAGGGACUCGAGGGGACACAAAUGUAUGAGGAAGACAUGUCGUAUUUUUACGAGAGACGAUUUAUCUCUGUGGAUGAUUAAAUUGUUAUUCCUUAUUAGUGCCACAUACCGAAAUUAGCUCGUACGUUCUACACGCGAUGAUAAAUCAGUUUGAAUCGUUGCGACGUAACUUCUUCAUGCGUAUCCACGAAAAAGAAAGAAAGCUACAGGGAAAUUGUCCACUGCGGAUAGGCGUGAAGCGGGGCAGGGAGCGUAUUUCGCGCGAGACGAAUUCGAGCUCGCUUCCAGCUUCGCUAACGAGCAGCAACGCAUCGCGAUUAUUUAUUUUCGAACGACGUUCGCGCGAACGGUGAACAUAUAACUUGUACUUACGACACACGGUGUUCCAUAAUACGCUUGGUCGAGUCAACGGGGAGGCAAGUGAAACGUAGCAGAAUGCUCGCCUACGAGCUUCUCAUUAAACGGUUGACUGUCGUCUAACAUUAUUUAUGUAAGAGGAAGCGGAAUAGAAAGAUACGAAAUCGACGGAAGUGACUGUUCCAAUGACUAAUUAUAGGCAGCUUAUAACGCGGAAAGAAACGCAGGACGAAACGUUGAAAAUUGGUCCUUGUAACCGCGAAGGUUGAAUAACAUUGAUAAUUAUAGAGAUCCAUGAGUCUCUAUUAGUGAGAUAUUAUUUAACAUUAGACAUUUCAUGGUUUAAGCAUAUGUUCAUGUAAAAAUUAACGGUACGUAGUCUUAUUCAUUGAUGCCUGGACCUUAAUUUUACUAGGAUUCACAUUUUCAUAAUCUCUGUUCCCAUCUGUAGUUCACACAGCUUCUAUAGAAGUUUGUGGUGGUACAUACAGGCUGAAACUCGGUGAUUUGUAUAGAUGGAAAAAUGAUUAUAAAAAUAGAGGUCCAGACCAGGUCAUUAGUGAAUGAGACUGUACAUAAUUAUUCCUAAAUUAGUGUCACUGAUUGUGAGAUCUUGCGGAGCUAUCGUUAAACAUCUAAGAUUAAACCUUGACGAACGUGAGAGGAUCGUUUAGGUCAGCGUAGCGCGCGGACAAAGUAAAUCAGAAUUGGCGAAACUAGACUUCUUCAACUUUCAACCGGGCGCUUGCCUCUCAAUUGACUCGCCGCAGGUCAGGCAUGAAGUUUUAGUAGGAAAACGAUUUUCUGCAUAGAGAAAGUAAUCGUCGACUCAACAUGUACGGGGUGUCGCGAGGACAAAAAUAUCGAGAGUCUAGUCUUUCAAUGAGUAGCAAUUGUUUUCUCGAUAAUCGAGCCUCGCGUCGGGUAAUUUUUUUUUUUGGUAUGUAUUUUCUGUUAACGAGAGCGCGGCGACAAUUUAAUUAAUUUUCAAUCGAAAUCGAUAAACGUCAAACAUGGUGCGACAGGGAUUUUGUUCAGAGAUCUCUGAUGCAGAAACAAUAUUUCGGAAGAGAUGUCACAUAUUUUUAUGGUCUUAUCACUGUUUUUAGCCGGCAUUUUAUUUUGUGUGGACAAAUAAAGGAUUAUUUUGUAUUACUUUCAAAAGCUUUUCUUUAGAAUAACAUGUAUUUAACGAAAAGAGUGAAACGUACGCGAUUAUGAGCGAAGAAAGCAGAAUUUUUUUUCUCGAGAACACGAAACUCUGACGCUGAUAUAAUAUAAGUAGUUGCCUAAUCGUGUUCAUGUAUACAGCGUUAAAAACAUUAGUUGAAUGCAGCAAUACUAUAGAGCGAGCUUUGCAAAAAGAUUGUAGAGAUGACGAAAUUACAAAAUCCGAACAAGACAGUAGCGUCGCACAAAGUGUGCAAUGUCGCGAUCUUUUAAAGAGAUACUUUUCUAUUCUGAGCGGAUAUUGUCGCAUUUUUUCACGAUAUAAAGAUGAGGAUUUUUAUCUUAAAAAAAAUAUUUUUAUCUGACAUUGAGUCAGUGAUCGGUCAAUAAGUGUAAUCGAUAACUAUUAUCUAUUUCUACAAAGGAGAUUGUAAAUUCUAUCUGUAGGCAAAUACUUUGGAGCUGCGGUAUAUUUCCUCUCUCGAGGCACCCUGUACAUCAUCACGCGAAAUGGAAUGUUAAUUUAACGACGGGUCUUCUGUGGAAGAAAGGAAACUGUUUACUAAAUAAAAUUCGUUAACGAUCGUUAGCGAUUAGUUAAUACACCCGGAUAAAUUGAAGAACUAAUGGUGAAAGAGAGAAACGGGAGAGAAGAAUAUAGGUACAAUAAAGCGUAAAUCGUUCGAGACCAUUGACCGAGAGCGGGGGAGAGUUCGCCUGUCUGCGUCCGUAUUUCGAUUGCGGCGCGCAAAUUGCGUUGAUAUUUGAUAAAGGAGAAAUAAUAAUAUAUCGUUCACUGAGAAUAGCUUAGUUCGUUAAGCUCCCUUAGCAUUUAAGGAUCUGAUUGAGGUCCAACCAUCGUAAUCUAGUCGUUUGUUGGGAUGAUGAUACGUACACGAUGAUGCGAGUGACGCGAGACACGAUAGCGCGAAGAUGCUCUUGUAGUUUACGGCAACGGGGAAGAGAAUGAUGGUCGUGAUUGCGCGAGACGUAUGUAAUUAUUAGACGAUAAGAGACGCAAGGAAUAUUUCUUUUUGCGAGGGUGGGAAUCGGAGGGUUGGUUCCAGUUGGAUUUGUACAUGAGCGCUCCGUGCACAUUUAUCCAGACGAGUCGCUCUUAAAGAUACGACCAAAAACACGACGCAAGCGAGUGUUCCAAAGCGCGAGGUGCGCGUCAGCUCUUGCAGCUCAGUUUGCAACGUAGACGAGAACCACUGCCGUGCGAACAACAAUCUCGCGGUUCGACCAACGAAAAAUAUCACGCGGUCGCGGUGGCGCCUUGUUAACGACUUAAUUACAGCCGAGACAAUAACUUCGUGAUGAAGCUAAUAACGCGAAUCGCGGGAGAAGGGUUGCGAACGACGGGGGAGGGGGGAGGAGGGGAGCAAAGAGAGAACCAAGUUCCUUAGGAUUUUGUCUACGACGACGAAUUCGGUUAAUUAAUUCAAUCUUGAAACAAAACGGUACAUAUCAGCGAAGCGUUGCCUUGCGAUGAACGACGGUGAACUGAAAAAAAAAAAAGAAAACAUAGUCGUAGAGGCGAACGGUGUAGACAAUUAAACGAUUUAAACGAUUAGUUACCUUGCCAGCGAUCGAGAGCAAAGAUGAGGGUUGAUAUAGAAGCGUAGUACCUGUUGCAUCACAAAGUGUGCAUGUGUUUUAUCGAGACCACUGGCAAUGACCAAUGCGACGACUUGCGAUAAAUCGUGGCGUGUUUUUCGUUAAAGGGCGGCGUAAUUAAAAUGGUUGAUCAACGAGCCGUUCGGCCUUCGAGUCUUCGAAACGCGAUUAGUUUUCCCCUCGAAGCUCGCGCGGCGAAUGGGUGGAACUGGAGGAUAAAUCGGAUUUUUUAAAUAAAAAGUGCACUCGUUAAUACUUUCGCUCAUUUUGUCGACCUUUCUGCUCGUCGUGAAAACUCGAAGUGUAAUCCUUUUAAGCAACGAGUUUUUCGUUUCAAUCUGAUUUUUUAAUUUCGGUUCCAUUCAUUCUUUUGUUUAUUACACGUAGUAUUUAUUCGUAAAUUUUUUACGCAAGUCUUAAAUCCAAUUGACAUUUUUGUAUCAACUAUUAAUUAUAGUCUUCUCGAUGAUAUUAAAAAUGAUUUAAUGUCAAUCUUGAAAAAUAGCCUUUCACAAUUGAAACUAGGUACGCUUCUAUGCGCGAGGAAUCAAACUGACAGUCAUUUAUUGCACGUCGUCGUAUCUUUUUAUUGCCGAAGGAUGCGUGCAAAGGGUCGCUUGCCCUUUCGAGAUGUUUGCGCCUUUUGGAAGUAUCUUCUUGCGAACCAAUCGAUAUAUAUAUAUAUUUCUCUUUAAACGCGACGUAAAGUAUUUUAACAAAGUUUUAUACAACAUUUCAGAAAAAAUCACACGUCGUGAAGCUUUACGGGUCGAAAUAUCUCCGGGGUCUUUUAGCGGAAUAAGUUGCGAUAACGAGACAAACGGAUCCUCGAACGGGAGGAUCGAAGCGUACAUUUCGAAAGGAUAAGAGCAAAACGGGAAACGUGAGAAAAACCGGGAUGGGUUUGAAGGUGGGAGACCCCAAGUAUGAUCGGAUCCCAACGAUUUGUAAUGUACAGCUACGUAGUGAUUAGAGAACAUUAGCGUAAAGAUGUAACUAUUGCGUAUGUGCGUGCAAGUAUUGUAUUAUAUUAAAAAUUUAUUUAGUUAUUUUAUGAAUAAAAAAUGCAAACUCUUUUUGCCGGUUCACACUG